ACGUGCGAACAAGGAAACGGGAUAUGUACCACUGGCUGUGCUGACUUUUAUUAUGGAUACACAUGUGAGCACCAGUGUGACCCCCAGUGUCGUCCCCGGACUUGUGACAGGAUCACUGGAGCGUGUAGUGACUGUAAUGCUGGAUAUCACGGUCUAUUCUGUAACAGAGCAUGUCGUCCUAACUGUAAGUCAGGAACAUGUGAUGCACACAACGGACAUUGCAUUGGGGGUUGUAAAACAAACUGGACAGGAGAUCUCUGUGACAGAUGUGACGUAUUACACUUCGGACCUACUUGUUCUAAAGAGUUCGGUGUACACUGUAGGGGACGGGUGUGUAAUGACGUCACUGGCUCCUGUACUAAUGGAUGCGAAACCGGUUACUACAAAGACACGUGUAAUGCAGCAUGCAACCCAGACUGUCAAAACGGAUGCAACAGGAAAUCUGGGUAUUGUAGUUAUGGUUGUAUCGAUGGAAAGUUUGGAGUGGCAUGUCGGAGUAUUUGUGGUGCUGGUUGUACAUCGAAGAGAUGCGAACGAAUCACAGGGAAUUGUAGUUGUAAAAGGGGAUGGCAAGGAAAACGAUGUACUGAAUGCAGUCCAACGUUCUAUGGCGCGUCCUGCGAGGAGGAGUGUAGUCCUCAUUGUUAUAACGGGACGUGUUACGUAAACAAUGGGUCCUGUAUUGACGGGUGUACUAGAGACUAUACGGGUGAAAAUUGUACACAAGGUCUGUAUGAAACUUCACCACAAGACCACGGAACCAACAUUGCAAUUGGUGCAGGAGUGGGAGCAAGCACCUUUGUUGCAAUUGUAGCAGUUGUCGGAGUCGUUCUCCUUAGACUUAAAAGAAAGAGAGACGGUAUUUCCGAAGCACAAAAAGAUCCAAGCAAAAAAAGCAGAAUUACAAAUGAGAAAGAACAGGUUGAAUUAGAGAAUGAAGAUCGUCAAGACCAUUCACUUCCGGAUGCGCGAUUAUACAUAGGAGAAAGACAUACGAACAUGGAAACACAGAGAAUUGGAUUUUAUGAAAACCUUGACAGUGAGGACGAAGGAAACAAAAUAUACGUGAAUGAUUUGUCAAGAAUCUACGUAAAUGCAAAACGCGUUGCCUUAGUACCAAGAACCAACACUGAUGCAUCAGACGAAAGAGGAAAUAUGCACAUGACAAUCAAUGAAAGCCAACUAGACGAAUCUCCCUAUGAAGAAAUCCAUGUCCAGAAUUGAUUAUACCUUAUGUUUUUUACUACUUUGUUUUAUCAUUUUACUACAUUCUUGUAUCAUAUUUCCUGACCGUGUCACAUCAAUAGUAUGAUUAUGUUGAAUAUAUUUGUUCACAUGUACAAAAAAUGAAGAAACAAAAUAAAAUUAAUUGUGAUAUCAUUUGCAAUGGAAAUGUAUGAUUUACAUACAUGUGCAAUAUAUAUGUUCAUGUUAAUGCUUGUGUAAAAAACCCAGACAUGAAUUUUAGUUUCAAUUGUACUUUUUAAUUAGAUAAAAGUGUAGUGUACUUUGUGAAUAGAAGAAAGUAGAUAUCACCACUGAACUACUUCCUAAUUAGACUAUUCUGAAACUCUGUUGUUGUAUAAUAGUAUUUUUCAUAUCGAUAUCAUGUUAAAGAGCAUUGGUGUUCAGUUUAUAGUUAGAGUUAUCUCUCUUUGUUUAUUGAUUUUGUCAUGUUUGAACUCUUUUGUGUUUUUAGGUAGAUUUGUCAUAUUCAACCUGCCGCUUGUUUAGCGUCUAGCCUAUCACAAAGUGUUUUACACUGUGCUUAUGAUUUGCAUAAUUAUGUGUAUGUAUUUUUCAGAAGCUUAAAUCAGACUUAUGCUUAUUACUAAGUUGAUGAUUUCAUACAAGCAAGUUGUCGUCUGUUACAUCUGCAUACUGACCGGCUUGUGUUGAUUUGUGUAAUUUCCAGUGAAUUAUCUCAAAUAUUAUUGAUGAUUAUUUUAUAAGCCAUUAGAACGUAUUUUUUAUGCAUUUUCACUAAAAUCUUUGCUGCUUUAUAGUGGUAAAGUGACAUACUGCAGAAUUUUUUUCAUGGAAGGCUGUGUCAUGCCAAUAUUUUUGUGAUCUCCGUUUAGGUAAUGCUCUCAAUACUCGUACUAUUUGUAUCAAAUGUAUUCUUGCAUCGUUUUAAUUAUUCUAGUCAUAUCAGCAUAUCAGAAUUUAUUUUGUAUCCAUGAUUAUGUUACAUUGAAAUUUUGUUCAAAUGUUUCAGUCUUAGCUUUUAAUCACAAACACUUUGCUACAUCAACUCAUAUCUUCA